CCCCGAGCCCGCCCUGCUGCGCGCCGCCGAGAGAGCCGCCCAGUUCGCGGGGGACGACUUCGCCUACGCCGGCCCCGAGCUGGGCGGCGGCGCCCUGGGGGUGCAGCUCACCUGCGACGUCAAGCCAGGAGAAAAUGAAGUUCCAUCUGAAGAUGCCCUAAUACUACAGCUGCACCUUGCAAAAGGGCAUGAGAAAUUUACUGAAAUGCUAAAAAGCCAACAGCAGAUCAUUGUCGAUUUGCAGCAAAAACUUGCUGAACAGCAGCAGAUAUUGGUUAGCCAGCAACGGGAGAUUCUUGAGCAGCAAAGAAAAAUGUAUGAGCAAAUGGAUCUGAUCAAAGUCCAGUAUGGCAUGCUUUUUGAUACAGUGAAACAAAUGUCAUUUCAGAGUUUGCAAGAAGAUAUUCAAAAUUAUUUUGAAAGUCAUCUUCAAGGACUUCAGAACCAGGUCAGAAAUCAUCUCCAGAAGUCAUACUCUGUGCAUAAAGUAGAAGUGGAUGCAAAAGUGAUUAAUGUUGGGGAGUCUUUGCUGGACUGUGGCCUUUGUGAAAGUGACGAAUUUUGCAAUUUCCAAAAGACACCUUCACAAUGUGAAAAAUGCACAUUGUGUCCUGCUGGUUUUUUCCAAAUGGCUGAGUGUUCUGCAAACUCUGAUCGGAUUUGCCAGGACAGAGAUGAAUGCACCGAAUCUCCAAGCAUUUGUGGUGAGAGGAUAAAAUGCCUGAAUACUCCAGGUGGUUUCCGAUGCCUUGGAAUUGCUGAGAAAGAUGCAGCUUUGGGACUGUGUGGAGAGGAGUAUUUCUUUAAUAAGGAAAUGCAAGAAUGCCAGGCGUGUUUAAAAUGUGAAGAGGGAAUGGUGGCUGUGCCUUGCUCCACUGUCAGUGAUACGAUUUGUUCAGCAACCAGUGAAAACAAGCUCUCAGAGUCUUGGGCUGCAAACAUCAUCCUGCCCUCCGUGAAGUCCAGCAUCUCUCAGGUCUACUCCGGCUUGAACUUGAAGAUAAAGGGAAAGCUUCCCUGUGAAAUCCUAUCCGUUGAAGAUAACAGCCUGGUAUUUAGGCAACACGGGCUGUUGUGGACUGACCUAAAUUUUGCAGUGAAGCACAACUGCAGGAAUUUUUUGCAACUUUCCUUAAAGCUAAACGGCAGUGAGGAAGGCUAUGAACUGAGCGGUGUUCGCAUUGAACAGCCAGAAGGGAAGUAUUUCCAGAGCACUAGUUUAAGCACUGCUGCUGAAGUGGAGCCCAGCCAAACUCUUUCUGUGUAUUUGAGGAGCCCCAAUCAAUUCUGCAACCAGAGUAAAGACUUAAAUAUUUAUGAUCUUAAUACCCCACUCAGUUUGUUUUGGUUGUCCCACGACACAGGUGCUGUGGCGCUCAGUGCACAGAUGUCCACAGCAAUACAUUACCAAACCAACUAUCGACCUACCUUUAAAAUAGUAUCUGUUUCUGACCCUUACAUGCUAAGUUUAUCUCAUGAUGGCAGAGCUAUAAAGUUCACUGAAACCGGUGUUGUCAAAUUUGUAUUCCACCAAGCAUUGUAUUCCAUGGGUCAUACGUGUGUCCGGGAGGGCUUCUCUUUAAUUUCUUAUAUCAAUAGGAAUGGCACCAACAGAGAAUUAAUGAAUGUAUUUAAAUCUGGCGUAAAUUACAGAGACACAUCAAUAUCUGCUGCCGGGGCCACAAAAGUUGGUGCUGGAGAUCUGAUUAGCUUUGAGAUACUUUCUCCUGCACAGUGUAAUGUUCGGUAUUUUGGAGAUAGUUCUGGAAUUAGUAUGUUUAGCCUCAUCUGGAUCCCUUCAGCAGUUUCUAGUGCCAUAUCAGCCACAGUUUCUGUUACGGGUCUGCCUACAGGAGCUGUGAGAAACAAGUUACUGGAUUUCACCCAGGUCUCAUCCAAUGAGAAGCAGAUACAGCUGGUUUCUUCUGGACAGCUUGCUCACAAGUAUUUCAUUUUUACUGAAAAGGGAGUUGCCAGCCUUGCGUUUAACUUAAAGCUAAUCCACUCAUGCAAUGUGCUCAAAAUGACUCUCAAUCAGUUGACCAGGGAUCACAUGCAGCCCACGGCGAUUGCUCAGCAGAUUGGAGGUCAGAUGCCAGAGGGAAGCAUAUGGACCAGCGUGUCCCUCCGUGCGUCUUUUGAAGUACAUAAUGGAACACUGAUAUCAGUUUCUCUUGACUGUGUGCGUGGAAGGAUCAAUCAGAUCACUCGUGAACAGGGAACCAGUAUAUCUAUAUUAUGGAUUUCAUCUUAAUUUAUGUACAGUGAGGGCAGCACAGAACUGGGGUUUAAAUUGCAUUUGGAUUCUACUCUGAUUCUACACGUAUUUGACACCUUAUACUGUGUUGACAUGGGCAGGUUGUCCCACUAAAAUGCUCUCAAUUUUAGGAAUAUUUAACUAUAAUCUUAAUUGAAUGAUCAGUAUUUAAAGAAAAGAGAGCUUUCAGUGCUCCAAGUUUUACUUCUUUUAACAUCUUCAGGCAGGGGAACUUUGCAUUCAGGUCAAACUCUCUUAUUUUUAAUAAAGCAGUCUCUUAAAAUGGGUUAUUUCUGGACCACAAGAAAUUGCAGGUGAAGGUGAAUACAUACCUUUUAGUACUGCAACUGAAAGCAGCGCAGCCAAAUAAUGGAAACCUGCUUUUAGUUUCUUCACUGCAGCAGGCUAAUAGCAAGACUAAAUGCACUUUGAGGCUAAUUUGUCUACAUCUUAUAAAAUGCUGUGCUUCCUAUAAAUGCAGAGAACAUGCCUCGAACUAGAGGCUAUACUGUGGUGACACUGGAGUAUACAUGCUUAGCAUUAUAGAAAUGGACAUGAGUCAAAAAUUGAACAUUCUUUUUACAAAAUAUAGUAAUUGCUGUCAGCAAAAACAUUAGACAUAAUGACUGUUCUAAUUUAAUUUGGAAAUCUGCAUUUGAGUAAUUGGGGAAGGUUCUUCCCCAUUUUUAGUUUUUGCCUCUGAAAAGUUACAGGAUGAAAAGGGAGGAAUUCUAUGCUAAGAAGUAACAUUAUGUAGGAGCAAAGAAAUGAGUAUUAAAAGAAUGUCUUGAAAAUGAGACUUUGGAAAUUAAGCAAAUUUUUAUUUAGUUUCUUACAAAUCAAAAAAUAUUUUUCUGACCAAAAAGGAACACCAUUCACAAACAUACUUAUUUUGCUGAACAGGUACUUAUUUUAAAAAGGUUGUUGUUAUUUUUUUUCUUAAAUCACUCAGUUAAUUCAAAAAAGAUAUAUUCAGUGACACUGAUUUUUAUCUUCUUCCAAUUCUUCCAUCAAACUGUUCUUUUUCUAAUCUAUGUCGAGUGUUCUCUCUCAUUUUCUCCUUUCUCCUCAACAAAUGCUGCUUCACCCUCCAUUCUCAUUUCUUUUGUUAGGAGUCAAGUCAUGCCCUGUCACGUAGCUCAACACUUUCCAGCCUUCUUUGACCAUCCCUACUAAAGAACAGGUGUAUGUAUGUCACAUAUGCAAUUAGAGAAUAGUGACAUUAAUAAGGCACUCGAGGGCUGCCUUAUAUCAAACUUAUUGAAAGAAGGAAUACUAUGCACGAUUUAACUUUAAUGUAGAUGUCUGCCUGAGUAUGUAUAUCUAAAAUAUAUGCACUUCCCUCUGCUCUUCACCUGUUUUGGGGUUUGUCACACUGCUUUUGCUGUUUAGUUUCCUCCUAUAGUUUUCUCUGGAAGCGCAAACUCCUAUUUUUACUUGUAACUUUCUAACUGCAUCCUUAACACUUGCAGUUCCCUUUCCCUCAUCCUUUUUUCUUCAAGUUUAUCCUGAAAGGUAUGCAGGCUUUGGACAAGUUGCUCUCCUGCUCCAAAUGGCAAACAGCAGUUUUUCUUGCUUUCAGCUGCAAAGGCUGAGCAGUCCAUCACAAGAUACCUCACUGGACGUUGUGUUGAAGCUGGCAUAAGUGUGCAAACCACAGUAAAUUCAAUCCCAGUGUCCCUGAAGUCUGUGACAGAGGUCUCGGUGCCUCUGUGUAACCAGGCUCAUUCGUUCUUGCAAGGACGUAAGGAAGGACAGAGUAAAGCUAAUAUUAACGAUGUUCAACAUUUGUGAAAUAUUGUUCCAGAAGAUAUUUUGUAGUGGUAGAGGAAGACUUCUGGAAUGAGAACACGUGUAUCUAUUAUGUACAGAAGAGUUGCGUUAUCUGUGUGUGGAGGAGUUUUUCUGGAUACUUCACUCUGGAAGUCUACUGAGAUUGAACAAAGAUGAAAUGGCACAGGAGUUAAACUUUUCUGACAUAUCCAUCUGCUUAGUAAGGCAAACUAGUGAAAUGAUUCCUAGGUGAUAUCAAGGGCACCAUAUAUUCUCAAACUCCUCUCUAUAAAGAGGUGAUUUCGUGAGAAUGAGGUCAAAGGGCUUUUUCCUCACAGAAGCAGGUAGCUCAUUUCUGUACAAGGAUGCACAGGACAUAAAGAGGAGCUCUGCAGAGAGCAGGCCUGGGUAAAAAAAGUAAGACUAAAGUAAGACUUCAGGGGAAGACAGCUGAAAAGUUUUGUUUUAGAGGAAGUUAAGAAAGUCACUUUCUCACAGACAAACCCCCUUACUUUUCUGUUUUGCUCAAUGCAGUUCUGUUAAAGGCUGCCACUCCCCAGUAUAAUGACAACUUAAGAGCCAUUCUGGAUUUAAACCUGUGUAGCAGAUCUCAGAAUCUGAUGUUAGACAUAAUCUGAUACCUCUUUAGCAAAGUCCAGAUGUUACUUGAAUAUAAUGAGCACUUGCCUAUGUAUGGUAUACAACAAACCUAAUGGCAUAAUUUGUAUGAGUAUGCUUUAUUUGAGCGAGAUUGUGGUGUCAGUGGAAUUGCUUGAAUAUGGAAGAGGCUGAUGCUCAAAUCCUGUAUUACGCACGUUGGUGGUAGUUGCAUUUCAAUGCACCGUUAUUAAGGGAUGCAGGAACUACCAGGGAGAACAUUAUUACAAGUGAACAUUAUCACAGCUAAGGGAGAUUGCAGAGUAUGAAUUCUUUAGUGUAGUAAGUCUUCUCUGAGGAUUUUGGGAGGAGUGCCCAUAGUUGCCCUUAAGUUCAGAGUAGAUUUUUAGACGCACAAUGGCAGAAAUGCAGUAUUUUGCACCCUUCUGGUGGUGAUAAUGCAUCUAUUACUGUUUUGCUAAUGUCAUCUGUGAUAAGGUACUCACAUGAUUGAAAAAAAAGUCUUAUUAAAUAUGUAGUAUUAACUGUAAGUUGCAGCAAGCUUAGACUUAUUUCAAGCAAGAAAAGGCUGAUCAUUUGAGCCUCUUCUGCAUCCCUCCCUUUUGGAAAAAAAAAAAAGCCUGAAUCCAUAGUUCAGGCCACUGGCUGACCUUGGUUAUAGUAACACGAAUGUGAAGUGUGUGUGUUGGAAUCAGUGUGGUUUUAUGAUAGUCUAAUUAAUGGCACAGUAUAUAGCCUUUGCAUCUAUGACAAUGAUAUAUAUUGCCUCAUACCAUGCAACGUUAAGUGGUGCACUAUGAUCCUAAAUAAGAUGAAGUUCAUGAGGCAUCAGACAAUAUACAAUGAAUGCUAAUUUUAUGGCACUUAACCCAUUUGCUGUAAUAAAUUGCAUGUUGUAUUGACAGGUAUAUCUUAUUAAUUAUAUUUACAACCUUUAAAACUUUUUAAAUUCAUUUUUUCAUAUGGUUUCUUUCUAUUAGUAGCACAAUAGUAAUACUGUGAAGUAUGGAAUUAAUUAAAACCUUUUCUUUUGCAUCUUUUGAUACCACAUUCACAAAUACGGUUAAAAUAGCUGGAGAUUAGUCUCUCCAGUCCUUUCUGCCAGAGAGCGUUUCCAGUGGGGGUAUUCAUAAAGUAAGAGUAUGGGGCUGACAGAAUCUAGCUGUACAGAAAGAGUUGAAGUUAAUACAUCCAGGAAGGCAGGUGGUUAUUUCAUUUAUGUUCUGGCAAUAAUGGGCAACAAGGUUGUUAGAGAAAACAUGACCAUUAAAGGAGGAAAAUAAUUUAGAUUGUAUAGUGCUGCUCAUACUAGAGGAAAAAGGAUUUGGCUUACAAAGACCUGCAUUGAUUUGUAUUGUGAAACAUUUUGAAAAUUCAAAGAUUUUACCUGAAUAUAUUUUAUUACCUAUAUGAAUGUUUUGUGCUUUCUAUGGAGUCAAAACUGGGCAGAAUAUGUUAAAUAUAUUUUAAUAUUGUGAAUGCUUCCUCUGUUGUGUGGUCUCUGCAGAUUGGAGUACACUGUGAAAACUACACUAGUUUCAAAUGGUGCUUUUUUAUGAAAUUUCCUACUUUGAAAUAUUACUUUGUUUCACAAAUACUGUUUAGACACUUGCCUCUGUUAAUAUUAUAUUGUAAUAUGUUUUAAGAGAACUUUACUGAAAUAAAUAAAACAAUAAGGCUU